CAGGAUCGAAGAAGCUCAUCUUCAAAGCGCCCAGUUGUCGCUGGCGACGAAGCUCGUGACUUGGUCGGCGGCGCUUGGACGACAUCAUCCGCCAUGGCUACUGCUUCCUCCACUUCUCUUCCUGCUGCUGCUCCUCAGCAGCCGAAUGUGGAUUCCGCGUUGGGGUUGCAGGUGCAUCAAUUGGAAGUUGCCUGUGCAGAGCUUCAAAGUUUGCACGAAACUAGGGCUGUUUAUGAGAAACGUGGUGGAGUCUUUUUUCGAACGACUGUGAAAGCAGCUACAAAAUCUCAGCAAAAGGAGUUGGAGAAAGUCAAGGCCCGAGUUAAAAAGGCAGCAUCGUGACUAAUUCUGAGCUAUUUCUAGGCCUGCUGUUUCGCUGAAGUCGGUGCACUGGACCCAGAUAGUAUAUUACGUUAGUCAGGGCUUCAUAUAUUUGUUUUCUCUUUCUGAAAUAAUAAUACCAAUGGCUUCAGUUUCAUUUCACCAUCGACCAAGGUUGCACCAUUUGUGUGCUGAGAGCUCACAACAUGGUCGCUGCGAGGUAGCAAGUCGUGCAUCUUCAUAUAAACAAGGCGGUUGGGUUAGAGUUUCUAAUGUAGCAUGUCUGGGAGUGUUGGGAACUUCGUGUUCAAGUAGACGUCAAUAUCUUCGUUGUGUUAAUUCAAGACAGGACACCACAAGCAACGAGCGUUUUCGCGACAAUAGUAAUUUUUCACCAGCGUUGCGGCCAUUUAUCUCGCGAGGUCAUACAAGGGUACUUCGUCAACACAAUGCCCUUCCAGCCAAUCCUGGUGUGGUUGAGGAAGAAGAGCAAGGUACUCCAUGGGAAGGUGCCAUCAUCUUCAAAAGAAGCGCUGCACAGGCGCAGUUUGAAUACGUGACGACACUAGAAAGGUUGGGACUUACAAGAUUCUCAUCUGAUAAGGCGAUGACUUUGGCCUUUGACAUGGGGCUUGGAAAGGUAGAAGUGGACGGAAUAGUUGGUACCCCUGUUCUUAUUUCUUUGGACUGCUCGAAGGAAGGAAGGAACGAUAUUCGAGUGGAUGGCAUCAUAAGAACAGCCCUGGCGUUGGUUUGCAAUCGAUGCCUUGCACCAUGUGCUGAACGGAUAUUUGCAUCCUUCAACCUUCUCCUGACUGACGCUCCUGUGGAAGAACCAACUCAACCAAAUCUGGGCGUUGUACUUGGAGAUAACCCUCACAUAUGGAGUGCUGAAGCCGAUGAUGACGCAGAGGCAGAGCUAGACAUUGAUUUGGAUGACAAGCUUCAUUUCCCACGUGAAGAGAAGGAGUUGGAUAUCUCAAAGUACUUGCGUGACACCAUUCACCUUGAAAUACCAGCGAAAUCGUUGUGUGAUAAUGAUUGCCCGGGCUUUUGCUUUGGGUGUGGUGUCAACCUGAACACUGAUACCUGCCGUUGUGGGAAGCAGAAGAAGUCGAAGAACAAUGUGAAUGUUGAGGAUUUGUUAGGUCUGAAUAAGAACAAGGAUAUUUGGGGUCCUUUAGAACAGCUCAAGAAGCAGCUGGAGGAGCAGGACAGAUCAGAUGAUUCUUUGUGACACUCGUUCGCUUCUUCCAAUUCGCAGAUCUUAAACUCGUCUAGCUUUGUGGCGGCGAAUGAUCUCCCUGAUGAGUUGGUUUCA